UUACAUCUGAGCCGUUCACUUGGUCACUUGGAGGCCGAAGUCCAGGGCGACAUGGGGAGCGAAAAGUACUUGCCGGAGCUUAUGGCGGAAAAGGACACGCUGGAUCCGUCUUUUCAGCACUCCCUCCGGCUACUGGAUCAAGAGAUUGAAAAAAUUCAGAAAGACGAGGGGAAGGAAGAGGAGAAGUUUAUCGACGUCGUCAUCAACAAGAACAUGAAACUGGGCCAGAAAGUUUUAAUACCAGUCAAGCAGUUUCCUAAAUUUAACUUUGUCGGCAAACUCCUCGGGCCACGCGGGAACUCGUUAAAAAGACUACAGGAGGACACUCUCACAAAGAUGUCAAUUCUCGGAAAAGGAUCCAUGAGAGACAAAGAAAAGGAGGAAGAGCUACGGCAGAGCGGCGAGGCCAAAUACCACCACCUGAACGAAGACCUGCACGUCCUCAUCGAGGUGUUCGCUCCGCCGGCUGAGGCCUACGCCAGGAUGGGUCAUGCUCUGGAGGAGAUCAAGAAGUUUCUCAUACCAGAUUACAAUGAUGAGAUCAGACAGGCCCAGCUGCAGGAGCUCACAUACCUGAACGGCGGCUCGGAGGAUGCCAAGGUGCCAUCGGUGAGGGGCAAGUCAGCCGCCCGUGGAAGAGGGACACCUGUUCCAGGGCCUCCCAGGAGUCGAGGAGGAGUUCCUCCUCUACAUGCAGCGGUUCCCCGAGGAGCAGCACCUAGAGGAGCUCCGCCCAGCCGGGCUCCAUCCUCCAGAGGGAGAGGGGUGCAGAGAGCCAGAGGCGCCCCACCAGCUGCUGGAUACCGACCGGCUCCUCCCAUAGUCCAGGACACAUAUGGAGAAUAUGAAUAUAAUGAUGGCUAUGGAACAGCUUAUGAUGACCAAGGUUAUGAAUCAUAUGACAACAACUACAGUAAUCAAGGACAAAACUCAGAUGACUACUAUGAAUACGGCCACAGUGGGGAAUCAUAUGAUUCAUAUGGUCAGGAAGAGUGGGCAAACAAUCACGGCAAGGCACCGUCAGCACGAACAACCAAGGGAGUGUACAGAGAGCAGCCAUACUCCAGAUAUUGAACUGUUUAUACAACCCGCACCUGAGUCCUCAUGGCUGUUUAAACCCAAGUAAUGGAUUUUUUAUGGACGCUCCCACGUUUUUAGAAGUGAAAACUAUACCACAAAAAUAAAACAAAUGAAACAUUAGUAGCAAGACACUGAAUUAGUAAAAACUGGUUUUCAAAAGUCCCUCCGUUUAAAAAAAAAAAAAAAAAAACAUUCCCCCACUGAGUAAAAUGUGUAGAGCAAUUAAGGUAAUCUAUCCUUUCCCCUUGGAGAAAUCAUCUGGACGGUGAGAUUAAGAUUAGUACAUUAAGUUUCUCUCUCAACUAUGUGAUUGUGAAGAAUUACAUUUUAUCAAGCUAUUUUACUUGGUAAUGAUUAGUAAAUCACUAUAAGCUGUUUGAUACAAUGUUUCUACACAGCUGCCAGCGCAACUUAAUUUAUCACUCUCUAUUCUUUAAACCUUGAACUGCGUGGUUGAUCACUUUAAAAUGUAGUAGCUUAGUUCUAGGAAAGUGCAGUACUGUAGAUAUUUUUCUGAGGGGUAAUUGGUGAAAUUGUGUCCCUUGUAAAUUGAAUAUUUACAAACUGAAAAAGAGAAGAAGUCAUACUGUAUACAUAUUGUAUUGCUGUUUCCUCCUUUUUGUAAAAUACUAGUUCUUUAGUGUUAAAGGGCUUAUAAAAGCAUGGUGUGCAACUGUGAAUAUUGUCAGCUGUUUUAUUCUGAAAAGCUUAUGUAGCUGUGUUCAUGAUUAUGCCCCAGAACAUCCACUUUAAUAUAUCCAUAAAUAGCUGCUCAUACAUUAUGUACACCGAUCAACCAGAGCUGUAAAACAGUCCGGGAGCUUUUUAAUUUUUGUGAUUUUUUUAGAUGCUCUAAAUAAGUAAUUCUGAUGUCAUUUUUUGAUUUAAACCAAGAUGUUUUUCUGACUUUGUAGGCAUAACAAUCAAUUUUAAGAUACUAAAUCACAUGCUGGUGAAUUGGUACUCAUUUCCAUCUAGAGAUUUGUUCAGCUAUAUUGAUUUUGAGCUUAUGUAAGCCCUUUAAUAUUUUCCUCUUUGUUGAU